ACCUGGGGCUGUCGGGGCAGCCAGAUCGCGGCGGGACCGGGGCGCUUGCCCUCGGAGGUGGAAGAGGGGGCCCGAACGCGAGGAGCCCCGCAGCCGUCUCAGAGCGUGGCCGUCCCGCGCCUGUUUGAGGCGGAGGAUGCGGGAGCGCAUCUGGGCGCCACCGCCGCCGCCGCUGUUGCUGCUGCUACUGCUGCCGCUGCCUCUGUGGGGCGGCCCCCCGGACAGCGGGCGCGGGCGCGGGGAGCUGGAGCCCGAGCGCGGGCCUCUGCAGCCCUUCGACCUGCUCUACGCCAGCGGCGUGGCUGCCUACUACAGCGGGGACUACGAGCAGGCGGUGCGCGACUUGGAAGCGGCGCUGAGCAGCCACCGGCGCCUGCGGGAGAUCCGCACGCGCUGUACCCGCCACUGCGCCGCGCGCCGCCCGCUCGCGCCCCCCGGGACCGGCCCCGGGGCCGAGCUGCCCUUCUUCAGAGCGCUGCUGGAACGGGCGCGCUGCUACCGCAGCUGCGAGACCCAGCGCCUCGGGGGACCCGCGUCCCGCCACCGCGUCAGCGAGGAUGUGCGCAGUGACUUCCAGCGCAGAGUGCCCUACAACUACCUGCAGCGGGCCUACAUCAAGCUUAACCAGCUGGACAAGGCAAUGGAAGCAGCCCACACAUUUUUCAUGGCCAACCCCGAACAUAUGGAAAUGCAGCAGAACAUUGAAAAUUAUAGGAUGAUGGCUGGUGCUGAAGCAUUCCAGAUGACAGACCAGGAAGCCAAAGCACACCUGGAGAGCUACAGUGCAGCAGUUAAACAUUAUGAGGCCGAUGAUUUUGAGGUAGCUAUCAAGUACUUUGAACAAGCCCUGCGAGAAUAUUUCAAUGAAGAUGCAGAGUGCCGCACCCUGUGUGAGGGGCCUCAGAGAUUUGAAGAGUAUGAGUAUUUAGGGUACAAAGCUGGUCUCUAUGAAGCCAUUGCAGAUCACUACAUGCAGGUGCUGGUUUGUCAGCAUGAAUGUGUGAGGGAACUUGCCACCCGCCCUGGCCGCCUCUCACCAAUCGAAAACUUUCUUCCUCUACAUUAUGACUACCUACAGUUUGCCUACUAUCGAGUCGGUGAAUAUGUGAAAGCCUUGGAGUGUGCCAAGGCCUAUCUUCUGUUCCAUCCAGAUGAUGAGGAUGUCCUCGACAACGUAGAUUACUACGAGAGUCUGUUAGAUGACGACCUUGACCCAGAAUCUAUUGAAGCCAGAGAGGACUCAACAAUGUUUGUGAAACGUCAUAAACUUGAAUCUGAACUGAUAAAAUCAGCUGCAGAGGGCCUGGGAUUUUCGUACACUGAACCGAAUUAUUGGAUCAGAUAUGGAGGGCGACAGGAUGAGAAUCGAGUCCCUUCAGGAGUAAAUGUGGAAAGUGCAGAAGUUCAUGGAUUAUCAAUGGGAAAAAAGUCAUCACCCAAGAUAGAACGAGACCUAAGAGAGGGUGGUCCUCUGCUCUAUGAGAACAUCACAUUCGUCUACAACUCAGAGCAACUGAACGGGACUCAACGCGUUCUCCUGGAUAAUGUCCUUUCAGAAGAGCAGUGCCGGGAGCUCCACAGCGUGGCCAGUGGAAUCAUGCUUGUUGGUGAUGGAUACAGAGGAAAAACUUCACCCCAUACACCCAAUGAGAAGUUUGAAGGUGCAACAGUGCUGAAAGCACUCAAGUUUGGUUAUGAAGGCCGAGUCCCACUGAAGAGUGCCCGGCUGUUUUACGACAUCAGUGAGAAAGCUCGAAAAAUCGUAGAAUCCUAUUUCAUGCUGAAUUCAACCCUGUAUUUUUCCUAUACACACAUGGUCUGCCGUACAGCCCUGUCUGGUCAACAGGAUAGAAGAAAUGAUCUCAGUCAUCCCAUCCAUGCUGACAAUUGCCUGCUGGAUCCUGAGGCCAAUGAAUGCUGGAAAGAGCCCCCUGCUUACACAUUCCGAGACUACAGUGCCCUCCUCUAUAUGAAUGAUGACUUUGAAGGAGGAGAGUUCAUAUUUACUGAGAUGGAUGCUAAAACUGUGACUGCCUCUAUCAAACCCAAGUGCGGACGUAUGAUCAGCUUCUCGUCCGGAGGAGAGAACCCACACGGGGUGAAGGCUGUCACCAGGGGCCAGAGGUGUGCUGUGGCUCUGUGGUUUACCUUGGACCCACUUUAUAGAGAACUGGAGCGAAUACAGGCUGAUGAAGUGAUUGCAAUCCUGGAUCAAGAACAGCAAGGGAAUCAUGAACUGAAUAUCAACCCCAAAGAUGAGCUAUAAAAAUCAGAAAGAAUCUUCUAUCAAAUAUUUAUUUAAAUUGUUAAUCUUAUAAGAACCUUUUUAUUUUUGUACAGAGCCAUGGUAUAAAUUAAUAGGUUAAUAUGAGUCAGUAAAUCUCCCUUCUGUUCUUAGGGAUGGUUGCUUUGCCUCGCUCAGUCUGUCCUGGUUUUUCAUCAUUUCAUUUCUCCAAGCCCAGUCACCCCAUUCCCAGCACACACACACACACACGCUUUCUUCAUAUGCUGCAGAUCUAAAAAAGCUCAAAUAGAGAAAGGAAGGUCAUUCUUGGAGACAGUACAACACUCCUGCUUGUUCCCAGUCUGAGGUCAGCAUGUGAUUCGGCCUGGAGGCCUUUCUGUUUCUGUGCCUUUCAGCACUUCCUCUCCAUGAGCCUCAUCUCCCCAGAGUCAGCUCAGCUUUGGGUGUGAGGAGCCCCUGGUGGAGUCCAUACCCUAGCAGGUAUAAGAAACAUAUGGGUUCACCCAAGCUCUAGAAAGGAACCUCUCUGGUGAGGACUGUAUGGGCCAGAGGGGCCCCCAGUUCUUCCCGGGCCUCGGUGGACUGUUGGGGAUUCUAAUCCUCUUUCAUUGAAAGUUUGGUGUACCCCCCAUGGUGAUCUGGAAAGUACCUGUUCUGUGAGUUGUUUCUUUAAACCGGUCGGUCAUGUAGGGGUUGAAGAAGCAUGUUCUUUCACCCCAGUGGCUUUGCAAGAAAACCCUUAAAUUGCCAGGAUCAUGGCACCGCUGCCAGGUUGCCUGUGAGUGGUGUCCAGUGAUGAACAGGUGUGUUUGGGAUUUAAAUAAUAAAAAUGAAUUUCUGAUGCCUAUCUUCAUUUGCAUAUAUUUUGGCAACCCUUGCUCAUUGCUGCUAUCCAGCACACAGAUUCAUGCUUGUGUCUGAUUUGUGUAAUAAAAG